CCAUAAUGGACGCGAAAGUUUGCUUGCUCCCUUAAACGACGCGAGAUGACACGCUAUACAACGCCCGAGAUAUGAAGCAUAUUGGGAUCGGUUGCUGUGAUCAUCAGUUCGACUCGGCAGUGUUGUAAUAAGCACUGCUCCCUCAUACAAGUGUUGCAGUAACGUGGGCAGACGGAGACCAGACAUGGAGGCUCCGGCGAGCAUCAUUGUCGGCUUAGUGUUGUACAUCUCUAUCAUACUGUUCGGCAUCCCAGGAAAUUGCCUGAUUCUCCGCGUGUACUGGGUAAAAAAACGCAAGAGUAGCACCCACAUUUUGAUCCUGGGCCUCGCCUGGGCCGACCUCUUCAGUUGCAUCUUUCUGACUCUGAGAGUUGCGUCGGCUAUCACUUAUCUUCUCGGGGACAAACCUGGCACAUUUUUAACAUUUAUGCAUUUCCUUCUGCAGACAGCAGUGGCAACGUCAGUCACACUGACAGGAGUUAUAGCAUUUGACCGGUACGACUGUAUCUGUCGUUCGCACAGGCGACUUUUGAGCCCCAAGUGGGCAAAAGUCGCCUUCGGUUGCUGUCUAAUUUACGGUGCAAGUAUAAAUAUUCCUUUUCUGGUAAACAUAUUCAGACCAGCAGAGUCGAUAGAGGCAUUGCUCUACGGUUUUCAGAUUCUCUGUUAUAUUUCUGCCCUGGCGUUAAUAGUAUUCUGCUACUCGAAGGUUUAUAGGACUAUUCGGCGUCAUGUUCAAGUUGGCGUUUGGUCAUCAAUAUCGACAGACGGGACCAGGCCAGAGCUGCAUAACGAUUCGAUGAAUUCCGCAAGAGCUGUCACGCCUGAUUGUAGAGGUGUGGAAAUGAAAUCCGUUUCACAUGCCGUGGCCAACAACCCCGGGGUCUCGAAUCUGUGGAAACCGUCGGCUCCGGCGGCUUGUGACAGUUCUGUUACAGGGCCCGGAACAGCUCGGCAGCGGAGUGAACUUGCCAGUUACACCGAAGGACCAUCGGAUUACCCCCGUCGAACUCACCGGACACCGACUGCUGGCUCCGGGCGUGACAGGCGUCGGCCGAACCGGAGACCACGCCUAGGCGGCGCGUCCUCCUUGCAAAGCAAGACGACCCGGAUGCUCCUCGUGACAAGCGUCGUGUUCUUGAUCGUAUGGCUGCCAUACUGGAUCUGGACCAUUUUGGAACUCUGGAAUACGUACAGCGUGUGGAAAGUGCAUGAUAAUGUCGUGCAAGCGCUCUCUCGCAUGAACACCUGUCUGUACCUAAAUAACGCAAUCAAUCCUAUUCUGUACGGACUUGCCAAUCGUCGCUUCAGACAAGAUUGCAGGGACAGUUUAAGAAAAAUCUUAUAGGCUCUACCAGUGGACAAGAAGAACAUUUUCAAGUACUUAUUCGGCUCAUCUCUUCUUUUGGCGAUACAGUCUUUACUCCAAUGAGGCUUAAAGUAUGCGUUCAAAGAACAUAGUCUUUUUUCGAUUUUAGCACCAAAACAACUGUUCGUAUAAAAUAUCGGUGUAUCUAGCAGUCACCAUAUUAUAAGCUUUUAGGUAUUUCAAGUGGCUAAAAGAAUAUUCUAAACUACAUGUAUGUUUUUCUAGGGUACAAUUUUGAUAGGCCUUAAAACAUGGGGAAAUGUUGCUUGUUGGAAGGAGGGUAAUAAAUGGCGGCAGUAUGUUGUAAUAGAGACGAGUAGGCCUACGCUGUGUUAACAUUUUCGAGUGGAAAGA